AUGUUAGCUGCUAGAUCUUCAAUUCGUCGUUGUUUCUCAACCACCUCUACCACUUUGAAAUCCUUGAAAAUUGGUUUAAUUCCAGGGGACGGGAUUGGUCGUGAAGUUAUACCUGCUGGUAAGGCUGUUUUGGAAAACUUGCCAGCCAAACACGAUUUGCAAUUUGAAUUCGUCAACUUGGAUGCCGGUUUUGAAUUGUUCAAGAAAACAGGUACUGCAUUGCCUGAUGAAACUGUUGAUAUCUUGAAAAAAGAAUGUGACGGUGCAUUAUUUGGGGCAGUUUCAUCACCAACCACUAAAGUUGCUGGAUACUCUUCCCCAAUUGUUGCAUUAAGAAAGAAAUUAGGUUUGUAUGCCAACGUCAGACCAGUCAAGUCUGUUGAAGGAAUUGGCAGACCAGUUGAUAUGGUCAUUGUGCGUGAAAACACAGAAGAUUUGUACAUCAAGGAAGAAAGAGUUUACAAAAAGGAAGAUGGUACCAAAGUUGCCGAAGCUAUUAAGAGAAUCACUGAAACUGCUUCCACAAAAAUUGCCAAGAUGGCUUUUGAAAUCGCCUUACAAAGAGAAGCUGUUAGAAAAGGUACAUCUGGUAAGCAACUCCAUGAAAAACCAUCUGUGACUGUUACCCAUAAGUCAAAUGUAUUGUCACAAUCCGAUGGGUUAUUCCGUGAAACUUGUCGUGCAGUGUAUGACGCCAAUGCUAACGAAUAUGGUGGGAUUGAAUACAAAGAACAAAUUGUCGAUUCCAUGGUUUACCGUAUGUUCAGAGAACCAGAGAUCUUUGAUGUUGUUGUUGCUCCAAACUUGUACGGUGAUAUUUUGAGUGAUGGUGCUGCUGCUUUAGUUGGUUCUUUGGGUGUCGUUCCAUCAGCCAAUGUUGGAGACAGCUUUGCUAUUGGUGAGCCUUGCCAUGGUUCUGCUCCUGAUAUUGAAGGUAAGGGUAUUUCUAAUCCAGUUGCCACAAUCAGAUCUACCGCAUUAAUGUUGGAAUUCAUGGGUUAUCCAGAAGCUGCUGCUACCAUCUACCAAGCUGUUGAUGCCAACUUAGCAGAAGAUAAGAUCAAGACCCCAGAUUUGGGUGGUAACUCUACUACUCAAGAAGUUAUUGAUGAUAUAAUUAGAAGAUUCUAA